GAGUGGAAGAAGAGAGAGUGGCCAGGUGUGUCGCGGCUUCGCCGAGAAGGAGGAAGAGAACGUGGUGGAGGUCGUGGUGUGUCGUUGACGAGGAAGAAGGAAAGGAAAGAAGGUGGAGGAAGACGAGGAAGAAGAAAAGGAAGGUAGUGCUUGCUGCUCGGAGGUUGCGCAGAGAUCGCGAAAUCUCUCUCUCUUUCUCCGGGCGGUCGUUUUGCGCACGAGAAGCAAGGGAGGAGGAGGAGGAGGAGGAGGAGGUGGUGGAGGAGGAGGAAGAAGAGGAGAGCGGCCGGUGCGUGUGAAGAAGAGAAGAAGGGAGGCGAGGAGAAGGUGCAACGUGGUGUAUUUCCCUGCGAAAGGGCUAAAGUGUUCCUCUCCGAGGGAAAUCGACGACCGGGGUCGAGUGUGGUGUGCUUUUUUUAAAGUGGUGCCUCCGCACGAAGAGGGAAUCGCCAGCAGGGCAGAGGCUCGAACGCAUGUAGGAACAUGGCCGCAUCCAGCCCCUGCCUCCCUCUAGAGGUUGGCAGCAGCGCAAGAGGCGGCACAAAGGGACCCUGGAUACGCGAGUCAGUACAGGAGAAGGCAGAAGUUGGCCGGGCUGAGUGGUCGCGGUGACUGGACUAGCUUUGGAGGGGAGGUAAGAGGUAACUGGUCCGGUGGAUAUGGCGCCAGGCCGGGAUCAGGGCGGAGGGGCGGGUGGAGGCGGGGGAGCACAGCCCAAAUCGAAGGGCACUACCUCGCUGUUCAUCCUUUCGGAGGAUAACUGUAUAAGGAAGCACACCCGCUUCAUUAUCGAGUGGCCGCCCUUUGAGUACGCCGUCCUGCUCACCAUCAUCGCCAAUUGCGUGGUCCUCGCCCUCGAGGAGCACCUGCCCAAACAAGACAAGACCAUACUCGCACAGAAGCUCGAGGCUACGGAGAUCUAUUUCCUCGGGAUCUUCUGCGUCGAGGCGAGCCUGAAGAUCCUCGCCCUUGGCUUUGUCCUCCACCGCGGCUCCUACCUACGUAACAUCUGGAACAUCAUGGAUUUCUUCGUCGUGGUGACCGGGUUCAUCACGGCGUUCUCGCAGGGCAUAGAACUGGAUAUGGAUCUGCGCACGUUGCGUGCGAUACGCGUGUUGCGACCGCUCAAACUUGUCUCCGGCAUACCGAGUCUUCAGGUGGUGUUGAAGUCCAUCAUAAAAGCAAUGGCGCCGCUUCUGCAGAUCGGAUUACUGGUUCUUUUCGCGAUCGUGAUAUUCGCCAUCAUCGGUCUUGAGUUUUAUUCGGGAACUCUGCAUAAAACGUGUUACAGUAUAAAGGACAUCAGUGUGAUCGUGAAGGAGGGCGAGAAUCCGGACCCGUGCAACACGGACAUUCAAUCCGAGGCGCCGUUCGGUGCCCACGUGUGCAACGCGAGCAUCUCGACGUGUUUGGAUCAUUGGGUGGGACCAAACUAUGGCAUCACCAGCUUCGACAACAUCGGAUUCGCUAUGCUCACUGUCUUCCAGUGCAUCACUAUGGAGGGCUGGACUUCCAUAUUGUACUGGACAAACGACGCUCUUGGAAGCACGUACAACUGGAUUUACUUUAUACCAUUGAUCGUCCUUGGCUCCUUCUUCAUGCUGAACUUAGUUCUUGGUGUCCUGAGCGGAGAGUUUGCGAAGGAGAGAGAGAAGGUGGAGAACCGGCAAUCCUUCCUGAAAUUGCGAAGACAACAGCAGCUCGAGCGCGAACUGAAUUGCUACCUCAAUUGGAUCUGCAAAGCAGAAGAGGUAAUUCUCGCCGAAGAGAGGACCACGGAGGAGGAAAAAAUGCACAUAUUAGAAGUGAGAAAAAGAGCCGCGGCGAAGAAGAAAAAGCUGAAGAAUCUUGGAAAAAGCAAGAGUACCGACACGGAGGAGGAAGACGCCGAGGACGAUCAGGACGAUGUGCCUAAGAAAAAACUCAAAGGGUUCUCAAGAGCUUCCUACUUCAAGUCGAAAGUGAAAAACAAGGGAACGUGUAUGCAAUUUUGGCGAGCCGAGAAGAGGUUCAGAUAUUGGAUACGUAAUUCCGUAAAAUCGCAGAAUUUCUAUUGGUUCGUCAUCGUCCUGGUGUUCUUCAACACCGUCUGCGUAGCCGUCGAGCAUUACGAUCAGCCACAGUGGCUUACCGAUUUUCUCUACUACGCGGAGUUUGUGUUCCUCGCCCUGUUCAUGAUGGAAAUGUUCAUAAAGGUGUACGCGCUCGGUCCUCGCACAUAUUUCGAGUCGAGCUUCAAUCGCUUCGACUGCGUCGUCAUCUCGGGCUCGAUCUUCGAGGUGAUCUGGUCCGCGGUGAAGUCCGGCUCUUUCGGCCUCUCCGUCCUACGUGCCCUUAGACUCCUGAGAAUUUUUAAGGUCACCAAAUACUGGAAGAGCCUGCGGAACCUCGUAAUAUCGCUCCUCAGCUCGAUGCGUAGUAUCAUUUCCCUUCUCUUCCUGCUCUUCCUUUUCAUCCUCAUAUUCGCGCUGCUCGGAAUGCAGCUCUUCGGUGGCCAGUUCAAUUUCGAUUCCGGGACGCCACCCACAAACUUCAAUACUUUUCCCAUCGCGCUGCUUACUGUCUUCCAAAUCCUUACUGGAGAAGACUGGAAUGAGGUGAUGUACUAUGGUAUCGAGUCACAGGGCGGUCACAGAAAAGGCAUGAUGUACUCGCUCUACUUCAUCGUGUUGGUGCUUUUUGGCAACUAUACGCUGCUGAACGUCUUCUUGGCUAUCGCCGUAGAUAAUCUGGCUAAUGCCCAGGAGCUGAGCGCCGCCGAGGACGAGGAGAAGGAAGAGGACAAGGAGAAACAAUUGCAGGAACUCGAGAAGGAAAUCGAGUCCUUGCAAAAGCCGAGCGAUGGUAACGCACCGAAGGUGGAAAUCUGCCCUCCGAGUCCGAAUCAGAAUUUCAAAGACGGUAAAGGUGGAAAGCAGGCGUCCGAAGAGAAGAAGCAGGAUGAAGACGAUGACACGGGACCAAAACCAAUGCUGCCAUACUCCUCCAUGUUUAUACUAUCCCCUACGAAUCCCGUAAGAAGAGCCGCCCAUUGGGUCGUCAAUCUAAGGUACUUCGACUUCUUCAUCAUGGUGGUAAUAUCGUUGUCGAGUAUCGCGUUGGCCGCCGAGGAUCCUGUAUGGGAACACUCGCCGAGGAACGAGAUCCUCAACUACUUCGACUACGCGUUCACCGGUGUCUUCACCAUCGAGAUGAUCCUGAAAAUCAUCGAUCUCGGGGUCAUUCUACAUCCUGGCUCGUAUCUACGCGAGUUUUGGAACAUUAUGGACGCGGUGGUCGUAAUAUGCGCCGCGGUGUCGUUCGCUUUCGACAUGACCGGUAGUUCGGCGGGACAAAAUCUCUCGACGAUCAAGUCGUUGAGGGUAUUACGUGUGUUGAGACCGCUCAAGACGAUAAAAAGAGUGCCCAAGCUCAAGGCGGUCUUCGACUGCGUCGUGAACAGUUUGAAAAAUGUCAUAAACAUUCUCAUAGUGUAUAUAUUAUUCCAAUUCAUCUUCGCUGUGAUCGCGGUACAACUGUUUAACGGAAAAUUCUUUCACUGCAGCGACGAGAGCAAGUAUACGAAAAAGGACUGCCAGGGUCAAUACUUCGUCUACGAGGAAGGUGUCAUGCUGCCAGAACCCAAGAAAAGGGAGUGGACGUCUCAGUGUUUUCAUUACGACAACGUGAUGGCGGCGAUGCUGACGUUAUUCGCUGUCCAAACAGGCGAGGGCUGGCCACAAAUCUUGCAGCACUCGAUGGCGGCCACUUACGAGGACCAGGGUCCCAUUCAAAACUUUCGCAUCGAAAUGUCCAUUUUCUAUAUCGUCUACUUCAUCGUCUUUCCAUUUUUCUUCGUCAACAUCUUCGUGGCCUUGAUUAUCAUCACGUUUCAAGAGCAGGGAGAAGCCGAGCUUCAGGACGGCGAAAUCGAUAAAAAUCAGAAAUCAUGUAUAGACUUUACGAUACAAGCUCGCCCCCUCGAGAGGUACAUGCCGAAGAAGUUGAACGGCGUAAAGUACAAAAUUUGGAGGAUAGUCGUAUCGACGCCGUUCGAAUAUUUUAUCAUGAUACUCAUCGUACUAAAUACAUUACUACUAAUGAUGAAGUUCCAUCGGCAAAGCGAGGCGUACAAGAACACGCUGAAGUACAUGAACAUGUGCUUCACGGGGAUGUUCACCGUCGAGUGCAUACUGAAGAUCGCCGCUUUUGGCGUCAGGAACUUCUUCAAGGAUUCUUGGAACACAUUCGACUUCAUUACGGUGAUUGGCAGCAUCGUGGACGCACUUGUCAUCGAAUUCGGGGAGCGGUUUUCGAGUGUGCCAAGUGGUGGCCAGCUAAGCGAAAAGAAGGAGAACUUCAUCAACGUCGGCUUUCUCAGGCUCUUUCGUGCCGCCAGACUGAUCAAGCUGCUACGACAGGGAUACACGAUACGAAUUUUACUCUGGACCUUCGUGCAAUCCUUCAAAGCCUUGCCUUACGUUUGUCUCCUCAUCGCGAUGCUCUUUUUCAUCUACGCCAUCAUCGGUAUGCAGGUAUUCGGUAACAUCGAGCUGGGUGCUGACAGUUCUAUUAACAAGCACAACAAUUUCCAAAGCUUCAUUCAAGGUCUGAUGCUACUUUUUCGGUGCGCAACAGGCGAAGCUUGGCCGAACAUCAUGUUGGCUUGCAUAAAGGGUCGACCUUGCGACGUUAAAGCAGGGAAACAAGAACCAGGUGGUUGCGGUUCUAACAUCGCCUAUGCCUACUUCGUCUCGUUCAUCUUUUUCUGCUCGUUUUUAAUGCUGAAUCUUUUCGUUGCCGUCAUCAUGGACAAUUUCGAUUAUCUAACGAGAGACUCAUCGAUUCUCGGUGCACAUCAUCUCGACGAAUUUGUACGAAUAUGGGCGGAAUAUGAUCCAAAAGCCACCGGUAAGGUACUCUACAACGAGGUCUACGACAUGCUUAAGGUGAUGGACCCACCGUUGGGGUUUGGCCAAAAGUGUCCUAACAGGCUCGCUUACAAAAAACUCAUCAGAAUGAACAUGCCCGUGGAUUCAGACGGGAAGGUCAACUUUACAACAACACUUUUCGCACUGAUACGAGAGGAUCUUAGUAUUAAAAUGAGAUGCGCCAAUGAGAUGAAGCAAGCGAACGAGGAGCUCAGAGAUACGAUUCGAAGUAUCUGGCCUCUGCAAGCGAAAAAAAUGUUGGAUCUUUUGAUACCUAGAGACGAAGAGGUAGGCAGAGGAAAACUCACCGUCGGUAAGAUAUACGUCGCUCUCAUGAUUAUUGAAAAUUGGAAGACGACGAAGUUCGGUCGAGAAAAACCAUCCGGACAGAACGAUAACGAUCUUAUCGAUAACGAUAAUGCUGGGCAAAGUCCUGCAGCCCAGGCGCAAUCGACCCUCUACAACUGCCUGAUGGACAUGGCGGUGGUUAACCACACCGGAAAUAGCCACGCAACCGGAAGUAGAGCGAACAGCCUCGAACCCGUGGUACGUCCGACAACGGAGACGAAGCUCGAUCGGCACAAGGACUUUCGUGACGAGGAGGAAGGGACCUUAGGGGCCCUAGCAGCCGCCGAGCAAAGACGACAGCAUAGCAUCAGAAACAAAAAGGUGAACUGGAAGAUGUCCCACCAGUACGAUAUACUAGGCAGCAGCGGAGAGAGUAGCCAGGGAGGGGGUGGGUCUGGGGUUGUACUCGUAGUUAAUGGCGAGGAUCGCGCCCCCGAGCUAGAGCCAUUGCUGGCUGAGGUGCCCUCCCAGCAGGAUCACGACUACUACUACCAUCACCAUCACGACCAAUACUACGAUACCGACAAUGAUCAAUACUAUGACCAUCACCACCACCACCACCACCAUCACCAUCAUCAUCAUGAUCACCGACCACCCUCGUACUACCAACACCAGACCACCUACGCACCUCGCUCCUCGAUCCGUUACCACAAGGUCUCGGCUCGAUCCAAUUCCGCAAUGGAGCUGCAGGAUGUCGUAGUUAGCGACUCGCGUGCCGGUAGUAUCGAGAGUCUAACGCAUUAUGGUGAGAGACUUCACCCCCAUCAUCCUUCGACGCAUCCACCGAGACAUCAUUCGCGAUCGCCAAGCUUAAGAAGACAUUCGCCGAUCAUGCAAAGAUCGCCAUCGCCAAGGCGACACAGGCACGAUCAUCAUGGAUAUUAUCACGAAGGACCAGGCUUUAGCGACACGGUUAGCAACGUCGUCGAGAUUCAAAGGCAUCAUCAUCAUCCACAUUCCACACAAUAUAAUCGACAUAGGAUACGAGACUAUUACGACCACUGCGACUAUUACGACGAUGGUCCAUGGAGCGCUUCGACGAGUCCCGCGAGAUCACCCAGUCCGGUUCAUCGGAUAGAACGUGGGCAGCAUUACGGUACGACCAGCUUGGAACAACGCUCGAGGAGUCCAAGUCCUAUCGGUGGUCGUACACCGGCACAUCCGCAUCACCAUCAUCGUCAUCCGUCGCAUCAACACAGCUAUCCGGUUUUGGUAGCAAGAAGAGGCCGUCGAUUACCACCGACGCCUAACAAACCGUCGACGUUGCAGUUAAAACCGGCGAAUAUUAAUUUCCCAAAGCUUAACGCAUCGCCGACUCACGGACCGCACAUGGUAGGAGGUCCGCAUGUACCGGCCGUACCGGUUGGCAUGCCGCAUCCUACUACCGGUCAUAUGCAACCCCCGAUGCAACCGAGUCACUGUCCGCUCAGCUUCGAGCAGGCCGUGGCGAUGGGCCGAGGAGGUCGUCUACUUCCGAGUCCUGUACCGAACGGUUACAAACCGCAGCCCCAGUCGAAGCAGCGAAUGCCGAGGUCGAGACAUUCCGACAGCGACGAGGAUGACUGGUGCUAGCCAAAGUGGGACCCUGGACGGUGGUCCGGCGACGUGGACGCCCCCAGGCGUCUUUGGGUCUGUGCGUGAAUCGUCUACGUGAAUCGUCCACGUGGGACGUGCAUUGACUUUCUUGUCACGAUCGCGAGAACGCGAUCGAUCGAUCGAUCGAACGAGAGGAUCGACACGAAGGAUGCGGCUGACGGCUUCUCGCGAAUACGCAACGAAACGAGAUAGAAAUACAAAUAAGCCGAAAAUAGAGAGAAAGAUGUAGAGGAAGAGGGGAGGUAAAGAGAGCGUGCGAGAUUAGAAUCGAUUAGGAAAAGGACUGAUUGAAUCGGUGAAACGGAAACGAGUUUGACUCUUCGUGAACCGGAAGCAAAGUGUAGGUAAAAGUGAAAGUAAAAUAUUCUGGUGCUUUCAAUGGCGAGAAAUUAAGAGGGAAACAAAAGAGAGAAGGGAAAGAGAGUGGUUAAAGGGCGGGAGGGUGGUUAAAGGGGGUUGGAAAGAUUGCAAGAAGGGAAAGAGAAAAGAAAAGAAA